CUUCCGUAACGUCGGUAUUGAGUGUUCGACGUGUCGAAACAAUAUGGAUUCUCAUGCGUUAAAAAACAAUAUUUGAUCUCAUUAAAUUGAAAAACUGUGCAUAUAUAUAUAACUUCCCUUAUUCGUUUAAAAUUUGACAUAAGAACAUAAAUGCAUGACUUCUGAGAAAAUCCGAUGUGGAAAAUGCUUUAACUACGUUAGUUUUUUUACGUUAAACGUGUCAUGUGGAUUGUAAUACGUUAAAUGCUUGAAGUGAUGUCAAGAAAAAUGCUGAGUCGUCGGCAAUGCGUUUUCAUUAUAGUAGUACUUCCGGUGCUGAUCGUGUCGGCGCUGAUGAUCAUCCAUCAUGCCGACAAACCAAUCGACGAGAUGUUUCUUCCACCCCGACAAUCCGAUGGAAAUCAUGCAGUUGCAAAUAAAGUCGUCCAACGCGUAAAUAUAACCGGAGAGCGGAAGUACCCCGUAAAAAAGCUCCCAAAGCCGUACAAAUGUUUCGACUACAUCUGGACCGGAACUUGUCGCGACACGUGCUACUCCUUCAACAUCCUCGCCAAACAGAAGCAGCGAAAACAACUCCAAUUUAAAUGCGAGAAACGGACACAGCUUCGGACACAGUUUACCACGAAACAGAAAUUCGUCCAGAAGGCGGAGUUUAAAACCCCUUGUCUGCGUAAAGUUGUUGACUGGUAUUGCCAGGAUAAGAAAAAAGUUCCAAAUAUUGUACAUUAUGUAUGGUUCGGAAAAGCUGAGUUUCAGUUCAUACACUUUUUAAGCUUUCUCAGUGUGUAUAAAAUCCAGAAUCCGUGCAUGAUUAUGAUACAUGCGGACAAACUGCCACAAGGGAAGCUUUGGAUGUACUUUCUCCAGAUUUGCCCAAAAAUCGUUCAUGUAAAAAGAAAACAACCAAAGAGAGUCAUGUCUAAAAAACUGACAUUCGUUGAACACAAAGCGGACGUAGCGAAGCUGGAGGCCCUUCAAGAAUACGGAGGCAUCUAUGUCGACACAGAUCAGUUAAUCCUUCAGCCGUUGGAUAAGUUCCGUAACGCGGACGCAACUAUUGGCAUGGACUUCGGUUCGCUGGCCGCAAACUCGCUCAUCAUCGCGAAACGUAACGCUGUGUUCAUCAAAUACUGGCUAGAAUCAUACAAAUCCUUCGGUAAAACCGAUGGCAACAAGCAUUCGCAGACGAUACCGUUUAAACUCGCCCGAAAGUAUCGCAAAUAUGUUCAAGUCGUCGGCGACGUCUUCUCAGCGCCCAACGCCCACAAAUUGGCGGACAUUUAUUCGAAAAACGCCCCCUGGCGGCACCAGUAUGGCAUGCAUAUGCAUCUCAAGCUGAGACAACGCUUCUUCGACGAGGAGUUUACAAUGACCGCUAUCAAGAGCAUGAACACGACGGCCGGGGCGGUGGCCAGGUUUAUAAUAUAUGGCAAUGAGGAGGUGUGCAGACCAAAAACUGACGUCCAUUCAAUCCCAUGAUUUUUAUCAGCGAAUAUAAGCUGUUUAUUAAAAAUUAUUCAAAUGGGUAUAAUCAUGCUUGCUCCCUAAAUGCUUAGAAAAUAUACCAGUUAUAGGCCAUAAGAUACUUGUAUCUGGUAUCUGGUUACUAAAACACAGUGCACCAUACAAGUGUUACAUGUACGUUAAAAUGGUGUUGAUGUUUCGGACUUCAUAUUUGAUACGUGGUGUUAAUGACUGUAUUAUAAUGAUUAGCUUACUAGAUGUUUUUAUAUAUAAUAUAUAUGCACUGUGUUAUUUGUGGAGUGUUGUGCUUUUGUUCCAUGUUUCUUGUUUGUGAUUCUUUGUUGUUGUUUUUGUGUUCUGUCUUUGGCGUUUACCCUGUGCCAUUAAACGGGGUUUAUGUUUAAACUUUUGGCUACUGAGCUUGUUUCUGUAGUUUUUCACAUAAAUAUAUGAACGUAUA